AUUAUGCACAUCUCUGCUGAGUCUGGGCUGUGUCAGGACGACUCUCUAGCGCUCUCUGAGCCAGGAAGUUAUCCGUUUCUUUUACUGUUUCCACAGGCAACCAGUCGAGUAGCUCUGUUCUUUUCUGUAGACACUAAGAAUCCACGAUUAUACAACGGGAACAGAGGUUUAAAAUGGAGACCUUAAAUCAAGCAACCAAUGCUUUUAUAGAUUCUUGGAUGGGUCCAAGAGAUACCAGGGUUAGAGGAUGGUUUCUUCUUGACAGCUUUUUACCUACUUUUGUCUUUACACUUCUGUACCUCUCCAUUGUCUGGAUAGGACCAAAAUACAUGAAAAAUAAGGAGCCGUUUUCUUGCAGGCGUGUGCUUGUGGUCUAUAACACCGGAUUAACGCUGCUGUCCUUUUACAUGUUCUAUGAGUUAGUUACAGGAGCAUGGCAGGGAGGGUACAAUUUCUUCUGCCAGGACACUCACAGUGGCGGGGAAGCGGACAUGAAGAUUGUACGUGUCCUCUGGUGGUAUUACUUCUCAAAGUUAAUUGAGUUCAUGGAUACCUUUUUCUUCAUUUUAAGAAAGAAUAAUCAUCAGGUUACAUUUUUGCACGUCUAUCAUCAUGCAACCAUGCCUAACAUCUGGUGGUUUGUCAUGAACUGGGUGCCAUGUGGACACUCCUAUUUCGGGGCCAAUUUAAACAGCUUUAUUCAUGUCUUGAUGUACUCCUACUACGGACUCUCAGCCAUCCCUGCAGUACGACCUUACCUGUGGUGGAAGAAAUACAUAACCCAAGGGCAACUGAUCCAGUUUGUAUUAACAGUGUUUCAGACUACCUGCGCUGUCUUUAGGCCAUGUGGAUUCCCAAUAGGUUGGCUAUAUUUCCAGAUCUGUUACCUGAUGUCUCUCAUUGCUCUCUUCUCUAACUUCUAUAUUCAGACAUACAAGAAACAUGGUGUUUCACGAAGAAAAGAGUGUCAGAAUGGAUCAGCAGCUUCUCUAAACGGGCACUCUAACGGGUUUUCUUCCCUGGAUAAUGUGACACAAAGAAAACUAAGAAAAGAUUGACUUAUGUCCAAAUGAGCACACCAUGACUACUCUCACAAUCUGAAAUUAAUAUUAAUAUUAUUAACCCUAAAUAACCUCCUAAAGCAUACAACGCCCUGUUAUUCGUAUUGAGUGAAUGCUAAUUAACCUCUUCAACUCCAGAUGCAAAAAUGAAUGUUUACUCCAGGUACCAGAUUAUGAAAUUAUUGUAAUUGGUAGUUUUACCCCUGAAAUUGG